UGCUACUAAUUCCUGGACGCGUGUCACUGGCUCGGUGGCUCCUCAUCCUCCUCUCCAUUCGGGUGGUGUGCUCGAGGGUUCCUCUUCCUCCACUGCGCCGCCGCGAGCCUCCCGAGUCCCGACCACUCGCUCGCGAUUCUGCGAUAUCCGGCGGGUUCCUCCACGAUCCGAGGGGUUGGUCAGACCAGAUGGGUGAAGCAGAUCCUGACGGUGGCGGCGUCCUCGGAGCGACAGUGACCUCGGCGGCGGCCGCCCCUGUGAGGGACAUCAGGCGGUACAAGUGCGAGUUCUGCGGCGUCGUGCGCUCGAAGAAGCGGCUGAUCCGAGACCACGUCCUCGAGCACCAUAAGGACGAAGCGGGUGGCCUGGAUGAGUACGACGUAGGUGGUGGUGGUGGCGGUGGCGGUGGCGCGCCGGGCAAGGGGAUCGGCCAUGAUUGCAAGGAGUGCGGCGCGAGGUUCAAGAAGCCGGCGCAUCUGAAGCAGCAUAUGCAGAGCCAUUCUCCCGAGAGACCCUUUGCCUGCCAUGUAGAUGGUUGCCCUUUCAGCUAUAGCAGGAAGGACCAUUUGAACCGCCAUCUGCUUACUCAUGAAGGAAAACUAUUCAUAUGCCCUGUGGAAGGAUGUAACCAUAAGUUCAGUAUCAAGGGUAAUAUUCAGAGACAUGUUCAGGAAUUUCACAAGGAUGGCCCUCAAUUUGGAGGCAAGAAAGAGUUCAUCUGCCCAGAGGCUAACUGUGGGAAAGCGUUCAAAUAUGCUUCCAAGCUACAGAAACACGAGGAAUCACAUGUCAAGUUGGAUUACACUGAAGUUAUCUGCUGCGAACCAGGCUGCAUGAAGACUUUUACUAAUGUGGAAUGCCUCAAGGCCCAUAACCAAUCUUGUCAUCAGUAUGUUCAGUGUGAUACCUGUGAAACUAAACAGCUUAAGAAGAACUUCAAGCGGCAUCAGCGAAUGCAUGAAGGUUCGCUUGUCACUGAGAGGAUUAACUGCAGCUUCAAGGAUUGCAAGCACUCAUUUUCAAAGAAAUCCAAUUUGCACAAGCAUAUUAAGGCGGUUCAUGAGCAGAGUAGACCUUUCACAUGCGGAUUCUCUGGGUGUGGCCAGAAGUUUUCAUACAAGCAUGUAAGGGACAAUCAUGAGAAAUCUAGUGUUCACGUGCUUUUUGAGAGCGAUUUCGUGGAGGCUGAUGAGCAACUCCGACCUCAUCCAGGUGGCCGCAAGAGGAAGCCCAUUUCAGUUGAUACAUUGAUGCGGAAGAGGGUAGCUGCUCCUGAUGCUCCUCCUGCUUACAGUGAUGGAACUGAGUAUCUGAGAUGGCUUUUGUCAGGUUGAUUUGUCCUGAACUGGAGGAAAGAUGCUAUUUAUUUUUUAUGAUCGAGCAUUCUUAUGUCCUUGAAAUGUCUGCAUUAUUAUUUACAAUGGUAUGUAUGUAGGAGUGUGUAGGUAUGUAUGUAUGUAUAGCUAAAAGAAAUAGAUUGGCAAUAACAGUAUGUACUGUGUGUCAUAUAGGGUAGCAAUUAGCAAGCAAGUCCUUUUUUCUCCCGUUGAACUGUAUGAAAUAUGAAUAAAUGAAGAUGUGGCUUCUGUUUAAGUAAUGAUAAACACCUAUCAUGUUUUAGAUGUAUUAA